UGGAGGACGCCGCUCCGGCGUUGCCAUGGCAGCCCGGUCGCGGGGCCUCCUCGAAGGCGCUGUCAGACCUCGGACGGAGGAGCGCUCCCGGGCCCUCCCGUGAGCCCGGACGCCCGCACGCCCGGAGCCCGGAGCCCGGACGCCCGGCGCCGCUGGGAGGCCAGCAUUAUUCUCUAGCAAGCGGAAAAUGAAUGACAAUAAAGACAGUGACUCAAAAGAAAGUGGAGAAUAUGAAGAUGAUUUUGAAAAGGACCUGGAGUGGCUAAUUAAUGAAAAAGAACAAAAUGAUGGCAGCCUAACAGAGGUGAGUUGUAAGCAGGAAGAGGAUAUUAACCAGGAAUUGAAGGAGAGUGACACUGAAAAAGAACAUACCCAGCAGCUUUCAGAUUCUGACACAUCUGUUAAGGAUGAGGCUUCUGCAAGAAGAAAUGACUUCAUUUCUGUACCAAGUAUCCAGCCUUUAGAUCCCCUAUCAGAUUCAGAUAGUGAAAACUCUUCUCAGGAUUCCAAGCCAGAAAACCAAAAAGACCAUGAAGAAGAUGAAGAUGAGGAAGUAAAGAGAUAUAUUAUGGAGAAAAUUAUACAAGCUAACAAUAUUCUACAGAAUCAAGAACCCAUAAGUAGUAAAAGGGAGCGAAAACUUAAAUUCAAAGACAAAUUAGUUGAUCUGGAAGUUCCUCCCCUUGAUAACAAUGAUACUUGUAAAAAUUCUUUUGAAAAUGAGAAUAAUAUGUCUGGAAAACUGUCACAGUUAUAUAUUUCCAAUGAAUUAGAACAAGAAAACGUGAUCUUGUCACUUCCUGACAGAAGCUGUGAAGAAAACAGGGAUGGGAAGAUACUGAUAGAGAGAGACGGGAAGUUUGAACUUCUGAAUUUGCAAGACAUUGAGAGCCAAGGGUUUUUGCCUCCCAUUAAUAAUGCCAGUAGUAUAGAAAAUGAGCCUCCGCAGUUGCUACUCAGAUCUCCUAACUCAUCUGCCAGUGGUGUGAAGAAAGAUGAAACGUCAGGAAAGAGUCAUGCCAUCACUCACUCAUCACCGGGAGAGCCGUUGGCUUACGUUCCUCAGCCACCACCCAACCCCAAAGCUCGUCCCAGCUCUGCUGCCAACUUAGAUCGAAAUAAAGGAAGCAGGAAAUCCCACCGGACACAGUCCGCCAAUAUAUCUCCAGUGACCUCGACCUACUGCCUUUCCCCUCGACAGAAAGAACUCCAAAAACAACUAGAACAAAGGAGAGAGAAGCUCAAGAGAGAGGAAGAACAACGGAAAAUAGAAGAAGAGAAAGAAAAGAAAAAAGAGAAUGACAUGGUGUUUAAAGCGUGGUUGCAAAAGAAGAGAGAGCAGGUUCUAGAAAUGCGAAGAAUUCAGCGAGCAAAGCAAAUUGAAUACAUGAACAACAGACAGGCAAACAGAGAUCCACAGCUAGCUUUUCGAUUGUGGCUUAAGAAAAAGCAUGAUGAGCAGAUGAAAGAAAGAAAAUCAGAAGAACUAAGAAAGCAAGAGGAAUGCUUAUUCUUCCUUCAAGGAACAGAAGGCCGAGAAAGGGCUUUUAAACAAUGGCUCAGAAGGAAACGGAUAGAAAAAAUAGCAGAGCAACAAGCUGUCAAAGAGAGAGCUAGACAGCUCCGACUAGAAGCCAGACGUACUAAACAUAUACAGAACCACCUGUAUAAUAUGGCAGAAGCCAAAGCUUUUCGUUUUACUGAUCAGUACUGAUCAGUAGAAGAGUCUAUUAAAUACUUCAUUUGGCACCUGCUGUUAUCAGAAUUUGGAUAUCAUUUCUUAUGGGUCUUGUGUUUUGGUAAUACUCUAAAUUGUGGAAAUGGUAUUUGUCUUUUGGUGAUAUUGGUGGUGAAUUUAAAUUUGUUUUUUGACACUAAAAGAAAAUAAACUUCUCUCAGUGUUGGAAUGUA